UGCUGCGCUGCGAGACAAAUCUGUGCGGCUUGCGGCCCAUAUAAGUGCGCAAUACAUACACGUGACUAGGAGAAGCAACGCUGCGCGGUGUGAGCCAGCCGUGUAGGGGCAUACGACCUCUCAAAAAGGAGAGCACAUCCAGCAAUGCGGGCAGCGGUUCUACUCGUCGUGCUCCUCGGCGCCAGCCGCGGCCUGGUACCGCGGCGACCGGCGGCCCCACGACCAGCAUCGAGGCGCCACGCCACCGCGGUGGAGCCGUCCCCAGUCGAGACUGCCGUACGGUCGCUGGCCGACGUGACGCUCUCGCUGCUCGCCGGCGACGAUGCCGCGGCGGAUAGCCUCUUCGCGGACAAGGCGGCGCGGCGAGCCGCCGUCGUCACGGCGCUGGACGGCUUCGACGUGUCGAGGGACGGCUGGCUGUCGCGCGACGAGGCCGAGGCGCUGUUCGCGCGACUCGCGCACUGCAUCGUCGCCGAGCUCGCGGACGGCAAGGGCGGCGCCUCGGAGCUCACGCAGAAGCAUGCGAAACGAGUACUUGAAGAUGACGUGCGCGGAACCAUCAAGCGCGUCGCGACGAAACUGUACCUCCUCGCCGACAGUGACGAGGACGGCCGCGUGUCGCUGCCCGAGUUCGCGGGCCUCUUUGACCAAGUGCGUUCGGCGCCGGACGCCGAGACGUUCCCGCAGCCGCUCCGGGCACUCGCGGGCUCGCUGCAGCUCCUGCCGCCCUCGGAGUCGGCCGCCGCCGCUUCCGCGGCAGAUAAGUCCCAGGAGUGGCACAUCGGCGUGCCGGGCGAUGAUCAUACGCUGCGGACCGUCCAGUGCGACGGGUUCUCGAUUGUGGGCAUCGGCCGAUCGGCGGACGCGUCGGCGUACUUCGUGCCCGAGCUGGGCGUCUGUUUCGACGCGGGCCUGUCCGUGGCGUCGCUCGCGCCGCGCUCCGUUUUCCUGACGCACGGCCAUCGGGACCAUACGGCAGCUUUACCUGUGCUCGCCCGAAAGGCGCGCGUUUUUGUACCUCGAGCCAUCGACCCGCUCGUGCGGCGCUUCUUGAUUGCCGAGGCGCAACUUAAUUAUGGGCAAGAGCAAUCCGACGCUGAGACGGAGGCGUUUCUCGGCUUGGACCUUAGGCCGGUGGACGACGGCGAGGCGUUCCUGCUCGAGCCGGACCAUUACCAGGGCUCGCCCACGCCUCUCGGUCUCCAGGUUUUCACGGCACCGCAUAAGAAAGGCGUGCCAUCUUGUUCGUACGGCCUCUUCCGGCGCAAGAGUCGUCUGAAAUCGGAAUACCAAGGCCUCGACAAGCGCAAGCUGGGAGCGUUAGUAAGGGAGGACGUCGCGAUAACGGAGCCGUACGACCAGGGCGUCCUCUUCUUCUCGGGCGAUACGACCAUCGACCUCCUCCGCGAACGGCACCAGGAGAUCCUGCCCAAAUAUGAGACCGUCAUCCACGAGGUCACGUUCCUCGGCGAGCCUUCCGAGGACUUGGAUAAGGCGACGCGGGCCAAGGGGCACACGCACUACGCGCAGCUUCACCCCUGGAUCGCGGCCUUCCCCCAUACCACGUUCGUUUUGGUGCAUUGGUCGCUGCGCUACUCGAAGGAGGAGGUCCUCGCGUUCUUCGACAAGUCCUACGGGGGCGUGCCGUCGAACGUAGUACUGUGGAUAUAAAAACACUGUGUUUGU